AUGCAAGCAAAGCGCCAGCUCUCCUUCCCAGUGCCUUUUUGCACCCUGAGUUGGCAGGACCUCGAAGUGGCCUACCGCACUCCCCAUGGUCGGCGCAUCACGUUGCAUCGCCAAUCAGGCUACGUGGAAGGUGGAUGCAUGAUGGCCAUCAUGGGCGCCUCUGGUGCUGGCAAAAGCACUCUGCUGGACACACUGACAAAUCGGAAGACCUUGGGAGAUGUUUCAGGCAAAGUCUAUGUCAACGGCCGUGCCCAGGACGAGCAUUUCUUCUUGGCUUCCGCCUACGUUCCGCAGGAAGAGAACUUGGUCUCGACAAAUACGGUUGGAGAAACCGUGGAGUUCUAUGCCGACUUGACCAUGCCGAAACAGGUUCCUAAGAAGAUGCGUCAAAAGGCCGUCUCGGAGCGCUUGCAGUCCGUGGGCCUCGCGGACAAGGAGGCCAAGUUCGUCGGGGGUCGCCUCCCGGGGGGCUUCAGCAUCCGCGGCCUCUCGGGGGGCGAGCGCCGGCGGUUGAACAUCGCGGCAGGUGUUGUGCAUUCGCCUCCCUUGGUUUUCUUGGAUGAACCGACCAGUGGAUUGGAUGCCUUUUCAGCUCUGUGCGUCAUGGAGAGCAUCCGAGCACUGGCGCGAGCAGGCCAUGUGGUGGCCUGUACCAUACAUCAGCCGAGACAAGCCAUUGUAGCCAUGUUCGACAAGGUCUUGUUUCUGGCGUGUGGGCAUUUGGUCUACAAUGGUGCUCCCAGUGGUCUGAAGGAUUGGUUGAUGUCCUCGAAACUUUGGGAUCAAGAUCGGGCCUUGACCACCUCCAUCACGGACAUGGUUCUGGACUGUAUCACAGUGGGAUUUGAGAAACCGCCCCACAUCUAUGGCAUGCACACCUUGCGAGUCGAAAAAGAUGUGGAGGAACUGGCGGAGGCCUACAACAGAUCAGCUCCGAAGGCUCAUUUGGGUGGCACUUCACUUCCGCCGGUGAGCCGUCUCGUUCACGAGCGCCCGGGUUUUGUGCGACAGUAUUGUACCCUGCAACGGCAGCAGUUGCGAAGUACUCUGCGGUCCCCUGGGACUUUGGCGGCCAGAGUGGGACUGCAUCUCUUGACUGGGAUCCUCAUGGGAUGUGUUUACUAUGACAUGGAGCUGAGCUAUAUUCAAAAGCCCACAGGGCUUCGGAGAGUGCUACCUUUGCCCCUGCAGCCUCACUCCAGCAUGCCGGAGAAUCGCGUAGGAGUCCCAGGUGACCCCAGCAGCGCCCAAUUCAGUCGACUCGUGACCAUGGUUCGCGUGUCUUCUGCAACCUCGGGAGAAUGUGUGGCCACGGUGGAGGAGGAGGAGUUGCUCGAAGGCUACGAGAUGUUGGGGUUCCAGCAGAUGUUGGACACGAGCGGCGCGACCGUGCUGGCCUUGAAGAGGCAUUUGAGCGGUCGAAUUGGAAAGCCACGGUUUCGACAGAGAUUGCUGUGUGGAGAGCGGGAGCUGGAGGAUGAAGAUGAAAUCUCUUCAGCCUUGGAAGCUCAACUGGUGCUUCUGGGUUUCUGGCCCUCGGAAGCCAAGGAGGAUGAGGAAUUCAUUACUGCCUGUGCGGAGAACGACCUCACCGUCCUGGAAAGGCUACUGAAGAAACCUCAAUGUCCUGAUACCAGCGACAUCGAUGGCUGGCCUGCCUUGCACACUGCCGCAGCCGCGGGACAUGAGGAUUGCGUCUCGAUGCUCUUGGAGGCUCGGGCGGAUCAGGACAAAGCCGCGUUGGAGGACAGUUCCGCACCCCUACACUGGGCGGCCGGCCACGGUCAUUUGGGUGUGGCACGUUUGUUGCUGGAGGCCCGGGCUCAGCAAGACCAUUCCGCGUCGGAGAGCCGUUGGACGCCCUUGCAUUCUGCUGUGCUGGGUGGCCAUGUCGACAUGGUUACCCUGCUCCUUGAUGCUCGAGCUGCCUGCGAUCAAGCGGGGACGGAGCGUGGUCGGACGCCACUACAUUUGGCAGCCAAUCAGAGUCACGUGGAAGUCGUGCGCAGAUUGCUGGCAGCACGCGCUGAUGUCGAAAAAGAAGAUACCAAAAAAAGAUGGAAACCCAUUUGUUUCGCGGCCGCUGCUGGCAAUGCACAGGUUAUGAAGGCGUUGUUGGAAGUUCAGGCUGACGUGAACGACUCAGACAGUUGGGAUGUUGCACCUCUGUUCUUGGCAGUUGACAAUGGCCACUGUGAAGUGGUGCGCCUGCUCUUGGACGCCAGAGCCAGGUGUACGGCCGAGCCCCUGCGAGCGGCGGCGGAGAAUGGGGAUGCGAAAGUGGUGGGGAUGAUGUUGGAAGCAGGUGCCGAUGCCAAUCCGGACGACUGCCCAAAUAACUGGACACCGCUGCAUGCUGCUGUGGAAUCGCAUCGUUCGGAGGUGGUUCCUUUGCUGCUGCAAGCUGCUGCUGAUCCCAACAUUUCGCGGACAGAGGACGGCUGGACCCCCUUGCAUUUCGCGGCUCGGAGCGGUGACCUGAAAAUUGCGCGUUGCUUGAUGGCCGCUGGGGGAAACAAAGACAAGCCCGGCUUCUUUGAAGGCCGCUGGAACCAGACCCCAUGGCAUUUGGCAGCCAAGUAUCGUCACGAAGCAGUAGUGGAGUUAAUGCUGGGCCCGAAGGUCCUUUUUCUCAUGGCACUGGCACAGACGGUUACCCCGAACUGUGCCAUGCCCUUUUUCAUUGAUGAUCGCCAAUACUAUACCAAAGAGUCUGCAGCUCGUCUUUACGGCGCGUUGCCAUAUCACUUGGCCAAUGCAGUCAGUGAGGCAGUGGUAUGUGCCAUCAAUGGCGUUCUGGCCUCCGGCAUUGCCACUUAUUUGGCAGGGCUCCCCUUGAGCGGGCAGUGGUUUUCGACCAUGGCGUUCCUGGUCUCACACCACAUGUGCUCGAGCGCCCUGGUUCAGAUGUGCGCACGCUUGGCGCCCAACCAGGAUGUGGCAUUUGUGCUCAGUGCGGGCUACAUCAUCGUCUGCAUGUUGUUUGCCAACAUCGUGGUGAAAGUUUGCACGGUGACGCCAUAUCUGGCCUGGAUCCGAUGGGGCACCUUCAUGUAUUUCUCCAUGGCAGGGCUCAUUGAGGUCGAGUUCCAAGAUACCAUGGAGCAAGGUUAUCCUGCUGGAGAGCGUGCGAUCGAAGGUUUCUUAAUACACUAUGACUAUGGUGAUGAAACGUACACGUUGCACAAAGAGAGUUGUUUCCUGAUUGUUUGGUGUUUCUACACCCUCUUCUCCAGCAUUGGUUUUUUGGCCCUGAAAUUUGGGAGCAAAUCGCAGGUGUAG